UUUAGAUGCUGAUAAUAACAUUGCUAGUUUCUAUGCUGAGAGAUCAUAUUCUUAUAUUUUUCUAUUUAUUUUUUCUUCCAGAACAAGAUCUCUGAAGGGCGUAGGAGACCCUCCUGCCGAGCAGUGAUGGGUCCUGCGUCUUUUCAUCUUUUAUUUAUUUUAUUUGAACUAUUUCAACUUUUCUGUAUCACGUCAGCGGUGAAAGUGGAAAACUUCACCUUAUUUGAAUCAAAGCUGACCCUGAAGGCACAUACAGCCAAUAUCAUACCAUGUAUGUUCCAUACACGGCGUCACCUCAACCCACUCAAAGUGCAGUUGGAAUGGGGUAAAAUAGAUAGGAAUGAAUACGUGCCUCUAAUACACCUGUACGGGGACCAUGUAAGAAAGGCAUCGUCUGAUUAUGGAGACAAAUACCAAGUUUUUAUACCCGAGGUGUCAAAAGGAAACUGCUCUCUGGUGAUUAAUCCCACAGAAAUCACAGACAGCGGCACUUAUCAGGUCCGGCUGACAAUUGUAGGAAAGCUGUACCAGCCGACUCCUUCUAUAGAGGUUGAAGUUGUGAAUCAGCCCAAAGGGGAGUCCCGGGGAUGGUUUAAGAAAAAGACAACUACUGUCCCACCAACAACGACGACAUUGAUGACAACAAAAGCAAAAAAAGGAUCAGCAGCAAAUAAUAAUGAAUCUGCUAGCGACGUCAUAUUCCACCAACUUGACGCAAUUGAGAAGAAAAUCUUUAUAUUUAUUAUAGUUAUUGGGGUUUUCCUCAGUAUAGCCGUAAUGGCUGGAGUCCUGCUAAUAAUUAAACUAAGGCAAAAAAGCAAAAAAGGCGAUGAAGAAGAAGGGUAAAUAAGCAUUUCUAACAUUUUUUAUUUGCACUGCACUUCUUGCACCCAGGGCAUUUGGAUUUACCAGGGAGACAAAUCAGUAAAUAGUUGCAUAAAUGACAGAAAAGGGAUUAUUUAUUAUUUCCGCUAGACCUGAGUACAGAGCACGAACUGGCACUUAGUGCCCAUAUACUUGGGUGGGGCACGGUGCAAAGUGUAAGAAAUGGGUGCUUUGUUUUUUCUUUUUUGCUUUGCCCCUAAAAUGAAUUAGCCCUAUGUAGUGUUAGCUUUUUAUAAGAUUAUGUAACUGUAUCAUGUUUUGGGGGAAAGGAGUUAUUUUAGCAAACAACAAAUGUAUUAUUAUUAUUUAUA